AUGGCUUCCAUUGAAACCGAUGGUUCAUCCGUGACCUAUUCUUCUGAAAGAACCGGCGUCCCCGACCUCCGCCUUAUCCACUACAAUGACGUCUAUCACGUUGAGCCAGGUUCUGCCGAGCCAGCAGGCGGCGCCCCGCGCUUCCAGACCAUCAUAAACCACUACCGAUCGCAUUCCAGCUUCGACGGCCAACCCGCACCCCUCACCUUCUUCUCCGGCGAUGCGUUCAAUCCCAGUCUCGAGAGUACCGUUACAAAAGGGAGGCAUAUGGUUCCCUUCCUCAAUAAAGCAGGAACAGAUGUAGCUUGCAUGGGCAAUCAUGAUCUUGAUUUCGGCGUUGCGCAAUUCCGCCAUUUGCGCGACCAGUGCCAAUUCCCUUGGCUUUUGGCCAAUGUCUUAGAUCCAGCACUGGGCGAGGGUGUGCCGAUUGCAAACUGCGAGAAGACAUGCAUGCUGACAUCCUCCAAUGGGAUCAAAGUGGGAGUAAUCGGUCUGGGGGAACGCGAAUGGCUAGGAACGAUCAAUUCCCUUCCUCCUGAUCUUAUCUAUCAAUCCGCUUCAAAGACCGCGAUCGAGCUAGUCCCGGGUUUACGAGAGCAAGGAGCAGAAAUAAUCAUUGCUGUUACGCACCAACGAGAGCCAAAUGACCAUAAACUAGCAGAGAACAUCCCCCAUGGGAUGAUAGAUAUUAUCUUAGGAGGUCAUGACCAUUUCUACGGCCAUGCAUUCCUGAAUGGCGUUCACGUAUUACGAUCAGGUACCGACUUCAAGCAGCUGAGCUAUAUCGAGGCCUUCCGGAAAGCAGACGGCUCAGGCUGGGAUUUUAAUAUCAUUCGACGGGACAUGAACCGAUCGAUCCCCGAGGACCCAUCAAGUAUAGCUCUAGUCGCUAAGCUUACAAGUAGCCUAAAGGCUAAGUUAGAUAAGCCCGUUGGAUAUACCGUCCGCCCCCUUGAUGGACGAUUCUCUACCGUACGCUGCCGAGAGUCCAACUUGGGCAACUUUGCCUGCGAUCUGAUGCGCUUCUAUUAUCGCGCUGACUGUGCGUUAAUGGCAGGAGGUACUAUUCGUGGUGACCAAAUAUACCCUCCUGGGGUACUCCGUCUCCGCGAUGUUUUGAACUGUUUUCCUUUCGAAGAUCCUGUCGUUUUACUACGCCUGAAAGGCAAGGCCCUUUUUGAUGCGCUGGAAAACGGCGUAAGCCAACUUCCGGCCCUGGAAGGCCGCUUCACGCAGGUUUCCAAUAUCACCUUUAGUUUCAACCCAUCCGCGCCUACCGGCUCUCGCAUCAACUGGGCCAAGGUAGGCGGGAAACCGAUUGAUUUUGAACAGAGCUAUACACUAGCUACCAGAGGCUACAUGGCACGCGGGAAAGACGGCUUCGAAUCCCUUCUCGUUCAAUCCGAAGGCGGCGAGGUAGAAGAGCUCGUCGACGAAGAAAGCGGAACUCUCAUCAGCACAUUAAUACGACAAUAUUUCCUAAGUCUAAAGGUCCUAGGUAAAUGGCAACGCCUGGGAAAGAGCAUGACCCGGCAUUGGGCCGACGUGCAGAAGAACAUGCAAGACAGUGGCUUCCUAAAACCACCGUCCGCCCUUCCAUCGCCAAACGCAGAGAAGGUCCCCAGCCACUCACAACGCCCGCCCAUGCAACGCAAACAGCACUAUUACUACGGCCGCUUCGCCGAAGCUCGGACGCAAGCCGUAAGCGAAGAAGCAAAAGGGCCGGCGAUAGACGAUUCAAUGGACUCGGAUUCUGACGAAGAUCCGGACAUCCUUAUCUCUCCGCGGCCCAUCACCAACUAUGUCACCCUUCCCGCGCGGUCAGCAGAAGACGAGGAGUCCCGACUACGGCUGGCGCGCUGGGCGACGCGCCGUUGGUUGCGCAAGGUAGGGAUCAGCUCGACUAUGGACCAGGAGAACCAGGACGAUCCAUUUACACCGACUUGGACGCCAGGAAUUUCGCCCCGGCUGGAGGGCAGGAUUGUCAUCGAAGAGAAGGCGUGA